AUGACUUAUCCUCAGUACCAGCUUUAUCGCCGAGUCCUGAUUUCCUGCCCCCCGAAUGUUCCGACCCAGCCGUCCCGAUAUUGUCAAUCUCAGCAGCUGCUCAUUCUGUCGGCAAUAAAGUGGAGAUUACUACAAAUCCGAGUGUGAUUGUUCCUUUCAAACCCGAAAUGAAGGAUGAUGCAGCUGGUACAGAACUCAAACUGGGCGAUCCGAAGCCAGUUCAACAAAUUCAUGAUAUUGUUUCUGAAGAGCAGCUUGAUGUAUCGUUAUUGGAGCGACCUACCACGGUUCAAAUUACCGAAACAGGAGCUGUUGUAACGACGUCAAAUGCUUCACUCAAUAAGAAAUUGGUUGAAACCAAUGCUCUAGUCAAGUUGGAACGGCCAAACACUAAGCAAGAGGCUAAUUUUCUGCAUACGUUAAAAAUUGAAGACAGCCAACAAUUGCAAGUAAAGGAAAAAAUCGCUGUUCCACAAUCGAUUUCCGUCGAAGAAUUCCACUCUUCUAAACAACAAAGUGAUGUUAGUUAUGUCGAUGUAUUCAUUGCAUUAAUCAAGCAGUUAACAGCUGUUUAUACUACAAGCUUAACUUACUAA